GCGAAAAUAUUCGUUCGGCGACUGAUCUUCACUUCCCGGCAUCGAGUGGUGUAAAGCUUAUCGCAGAGCCAGGACAGUUUUUCGUCACCUCGUGCUACGCGCUUGUGGUGCGGGUCAUUGGCAAAAGACGCAGAGAUCUCAUUGUCGAUGGAGCCACUGAACAGGCCGCAUGGCAUUCUGACUACUGUGUGGGGAGGCACCUGCGACCCCGUGGACUGCAUGGAGAUCACCAAGCCCUUUUUCGACGUCAACGUUGGCGAGUGGUUGCUAAUGGACAACGUCGGCGCAUACGCUCUCAACAACGCAACGGGCUUCAACGGCUCGCCGUUCCCGGCUGUGCAUUACAUCGCGCCGCAAGACCGCGUCAGCUUUGUGCGUCACAUCAUCGACGCCUCGCCUUUGCGUAGUGGCUACAGUCAGCCCGAAGGCGCGGUGAAGAAAGCCCUCCUGGAUCUAUGGAAAGAAGAAAAGGAAAGGCGUAACUCGUGGAUUAUUACGCCGUCCGCCCAGGCCAAGCCUUGUUAGCGUUAAUAUUGAAUUAGUAAUCUUUGUUUAAAUUAGGAAGGCAUCACUUCCAAUGACUGCGGUCGUGGUGUGACCUGCUAAUUUGAGGCCCUACGACUGCGGAAGGGUGAUAUGGGGAAUAAUAUUUUUAAUGUACUUGUCGGCGCGAAAGAAUAAGAAACAAAAGUGUCCGGGAUAUCACGUUUUACCAGCCAAAGAGGUCAGGUAUGCCGCCCUGUUAUUGAAUUCACAUGCAUGUUUUUUGUGUCGGGUGAAGCAGUAGUUCAUAAAGUAAUGAUAGGGUGCAGACAAGUUAUAUCCAUAUCUGCUGUCGUAUAUUUCUAUCCCUAGCUCACGGUCUAUCUCAAGAUUUUAAGCACCGCGGUCAAUGGUGUUUCUUUGUGCAGUAAUAAAAAGAAC